UGGGAGCUGUAGUGGCGGAGCUCAGCGGCGUCGCCGCCGCCUGCACCGCCGCUUCCGGGCGGAGGGGCCGGGCCGGGCGGCAGUGAGAGCUCAGCCGGGGCUGUGAGGAGCGGAGCUGUUCGCUCUCCUCCGCUGCCGCUCGCUCACAGGUGGGGGAGAAAUGGAAGCCCCUUGGCGCCAGGGGGGCCGGGGCCGGGGCCGCGCCAGGCCCGGGGAUGGAGUCGCCGCCCGCCCCGGGGCAGUUGCCCGGCCCUCGGCACCUCGGGCCCGCGGCGCUGCCAGCCUUGCAGACACGGGGACCAGCGCCGGGGGAGACAGCGCAUUAUCUUCCCAGAAGAAAUUUGAUGAAAUCAAGAAGGCUAACCAGGCUGCAGCAAAAAAGCUGGUCGAAGAAGACCAGUUUAGCUCCUCAUCUGAAGAUGAUGAUGAAGAUGCUGAAGCAAAACAAGCAAAUAUUUUGGCCAAAACGUUUACCAUUUACACCAAUCAAACUGAUGGAGAUGUGAGUGACCUGGAACGUACAAGACAGUACAUGAAUGAAGCUUUUCAAUCAGGGGCUAUGACUUGUCUGAUCUGCAUUGCUUCAGUUAAAAGGAACCAAGCUGUCUGGAGCUGCUGUGGAUGCUUCUGUAUAUUUCACCUGGUGUGUAUCCAGAAGUGGGCCAGGGACAGCCUUUUCCUUGUGUCUUCUGUGACAGAUGAUGAUUUUGGGAAGAAAGAUUACCCCUGGCCAUGUCCCAAAUGUAGGUUUGAAUACAAACGGUCUGAAACUCCCAGUAGGUAUUACUGUUACUGUGGGAAAUUGGAGAAUCCAACAGUGGACCCAUGGCUGGUACCUCACUCUUGUGGUGAGACAUGUGAGAAGGAAUUCAAACCUCCCUGUGGGCAUAAAUGUUUGCUGCUUUGUCAUCCAGGACCCUGCCCACCUUGCCCAAAGAUGGUGACAACAAGAUGUCACUGUAAGAAAGCUAAAGCAGUGCCCCGAAGGUGCAGUGCCAAGGAAUGGUCUUGCUGUCAGCCCUGUGGACGAACGCUGCUGUGUGGGCAGCACGCUUGUGAGAAUCCCUGUCAUGCAGGAGACUGUCAGCCUUGCCCACGGGUCAGUAAACAGCGAUGCGUCUGUGGAAGACAGACAGCAGAAAGGCUUUGUGCGAGUCCUCAGUGGCAGUGUGAUCAGGUGUGUGGGAAACGUUUGCCUUGUGGGAAUCACACAUGUGAGCAAGUUUGUCAUGCUGGUCCCUGUGGAGACUGUCCUCGUUCUGGGAAAAGGUCCUGUCCAUGUGGAAAAUCAAAGUUUACUUUGCCUUGCACAGAAGAUGUGCCCACCUGUGGUGACAGCUGUGACAAAGUUCUGGAAUGUGGCAUGCAUAAAUGUUCACAGCGCUGCCAUCGAGGUCCCUGUGAGAUCUGCAGGCAGGAAGUGGAGAAGCAGUGUCGCUGUGGGAAGCACACUAAACGCAUGCCAUGCCAUAAGCCAUACCUGUGUGAAACAAAGUGCACUAAAAUCCGUGACUGCCAAAAGCACCAAUGUAGGAGAAAGUGCUGUUCUGGAAACUGUCCACCUUGUGAUCAAGUCUGUGGGCGGACUCUAGGCUGCAGAAAUCACAAAUGUCCUUCGGGCUGCCACAGAGGCAGCUGCAAUCCAUGCCCAGAGACUGUAGAUGUAAAAUGCAAUUGUGGCAAAACUGUCAUUAAGGUGCCCUGUGGCAGAGAGAGAACCAUCAAACCUCCCAAGUGCAGACAGCUCUGCAGUCGACCACCCACCUGCCACCACCCUACCCAGGAGAAACACUACUGUCACUUUGGUCGGUGUCCUCCAUGUCGUCAGUCCUGCCAGAAAACCUUGGCCUGUGGUCAUCUGUGCCCUGUGCCCUGCCAUGAUGAAGCACUUGUGAAGCAAACUGGCUUACAUCAGUCUGCAGGCCCUUGGGAGCAGCCAUCUGAGCCAGCUUUCAUUCAGACUGCAUUGCCAUGCCCUCCCUGUGAGGUUCCUAUACCAGUGGAGUGUCUGGGGCAGCAUGAGGUUAGUCCCUUACCAUGCCACUCUGCCAAUCCCUACUCGUGUAAAAGGCUUUGUGGGCGGCUUCUGGAGUGUCAGAACCACACCUGUAUGAAAGAAUGUCAUCGUGUGACUAAGCUGAACAGUGGUGCAGGUGGAAAGAAGGCAGGUCCAGAAUGUUCACAGUGUGAAGAGGAGUGUGCUAAACCUCGGCCUCCUGGCUGUCCUCAUCAGUGUGUUUUGCCCUGCCAUCCUGGAGCUUGCCCAUCUUGCCUCCAGAUGCUUAAAACAAAGUGUCACUGCAAACUCUCUGUACUGUAUAUUGAAUGCUUGAAGCUUACAGGAGCUGAUUUAAAAGAAAAAGAGCUUCUUCUCUCCUGCAGAAAUCAAUGUCCAAAAGAGCUGCCCUGUGGUCACCGCUGUAAAGAGGUUUGCCACUCAGGCAGCUGCCCUCUGAACUGCAGCCAGAAGGUUAAACUUCGAUGCCUCUGUAAGAGACUGAAAAAGGAAAUCCAGUGCAGCAAGAUACAAGAAGGCCAAAUUGCCCUGGAGUGUGAUGCAUUGUGCAAGGAAAUGAAACGGAAGGCAUCUGAGAUCAAAGAGGCAGAAGCCAGAGCUGCUAUUGAAGAAGAGAAAAGAAGACAACAGGCUGAACUGGAAGCUUUUGAAAACAGGUUAAAAGGACGAAGAAAGAACAAGAGAAGAAAGGAUGAAGUAGAAGUUGAGCAAUCAUCAUGGCAAAAAUACAAGAACCUCAUUCUGCUGCCAGCAUUGGGAGUUGCUGUUGUGAUGGUUGCAUGGCUCAUGGUCUACAACGACUGAAACAACUUAGUGGUUCCUAUACCUCAGCUGGACUUUAGGUAGCUGUUAUCCCUAGAAUGUUAGUCUGUGUACAACAGAACUUCACAUGCAUAGGUUAUGUAUGGACACUGUUUGCCAAGGAAAGUGCAGGGGAGGGAGGAAAUGUCACCUUUUGUGUUAGGAGAGCACAAAACUCAAUUCAGACACUAAGUAGUAGUAGAUUUGAGUCUGCAGUAAAGUGCUGAUGCAGUUCCUCUGAGUGAGAUCAGUUAACCAUCUCCUCUCUUAACACAUUGUGCUGCUUUCCUUGCCUCCAGUUCUUAAUGUUAAAUAUAGCUUAGUAUAAAAUGCUUUAUUGACUAUUUCUUUCUGUUGCAAUCAGGUUAGUGGUUUAUUGAAGAUUAAUGUUCUUCUGCUAGUCUUUAGGUGCAUCUCACAACUUGCUUGCUUCAAGCCAGCUUUAACUGUAACAACUAAUGGGGAACUUCGCAUCCCUUAGGCUUGGGUGUUCUGGGGCCUCAUGGCAGAGCUUUGUUCACAGAAAGGAACUGUCUUGCAAGUCAGCUACAUCACAACCAAUAAAAAGGACACCCCCUCCUCA